GCAUUGCCAGCUGCUCGCAAUCGCUCAGCUAGAUCUCUGACUUGCGAAAUCCUCUCAAUCUGUGAUCAAGCUCGGCAGAGGACUGUGGAUGAACAUAUUUGUGGACAAGAACAUCGACACCAAUCGAUUGACCCUGUCAACUGGAUUCACUGGAUGUUUUCUGGCCUCUUGGUGCUGGAUCUUCUUUUCCCGAUCCUGGCGAGUAUCACCAUAGCUGAUGUUUGGAAUCCGAGCUGGAACUGUUUGAUGGUGGCACAGCUUGGGCAGCUUGAAGAUCAGCGAAGGAGUUGGCGAUCAGAGCCAUAUUCUGAUUGCAAUCACGGCCGCGAGCAAAAUCAGGCCGAAGCAUCUUCUGGCGAGUCAUCUGGAACUGCGAUGGUUCCUCUGGUGGUGGGCAAUCUUCUUCCAUCUCAGCGUUGUCGGGAGCAGCGUUCAGAUCCU